ACAUUCCACACAAAGGGGUGUACCAUUACAUCAGUGGGACCACCACCACUGCCGCCACCACUACCACCACCAUCGUAACCACCUCCGUUACAUCCAUCACCAUCAAUAUCCAAACUUGGAGGAACAAAGGCUGGGGAAAGGUGGUAAAGAGAGGAAAAAGGAACGUAAAGAUUCCAAAUGAGCACAGAAAUUAAUAGUGCUUUCAGAGUGUUUUGGAAAUCAAGGGAAUGGAAUGUGAGAAAAUCAACACAUGAUUCAGAUCAGGAGACCCCACUUUCCCUGAGAAGGAGGUACUUUAGAAGGAAGAAAACGAGAUUAUCAAGAUACUCAAAAUACUCUGAAGACCAUGAGAAGCCGCAGUCCUGUGAUCAAAUGAUUACAUUUCCCUGUUCCAUAUGUAAGCAUGAAAUUGACCUACGUGAAACUUUCCUCCAUAAAAAGCAACAUAUGGCUCUGGCCACCCUGGAGUUUCAAUGGAUGGGUGAAAAGAAACCAGCGCUCCCAGUAAUUACCAUUCAGAGACAGUUUAUAAUCACUAAACUAUUGUCAUCUUCUUUAUUCACUGAAAAAAUCCUAGAGAGCAUUAAUUAUGCUUUUGAGCUACUUUGGCAGAAACAAAUACCAGCAUACUAUAAGAUGAUUGAUAACGUUCACAGGAGUUCCAUAUAUUCUCAAACAAUCUCUCAUGUAUUGAUUAAAGGUGUAGCCAUUUGUGAAGAUGGAAAUUCUGCAUGGAAAGCUGACAUGAAUGAUAAAUUCACUGUGGUGGAUAAUUUUGGCAAAAAACCUGAUGUGUGUUUUUUUGGUUUAUUUGAUGGACAUCAUGGUGCCUCAGCGGCAAACCUGACAUCAGUGGAACUCCCAAUUUUAUUUCUCCAUCAGCUUUCCAGAUUUGAUCCUUCCUACCAUAUGACUUCUGAAGAGCAAAAUGUAAUCAAUUCCUUUCUCACAGUAUUUAGGGAAGAAUACAUAGCCAAAGAAGAACUUUUUUCCUCCAUAAAGAAAAGGAGAAAAACAGGGAAAUGUGAGUAUGAGAACAUACACAAAGCCUUUGCAAAAGCAUUUUGGAGAAUGGACAGGCUUUUACUUCUUGGAAGAAAUGAAGUGUCCAGGGUUCGAUGGAGUGGCUGUUCUGCAGUUACUUGUAUAUUGGAAGGCAAUAUUAAAACACCCUAUACUAAGAAGAAUUGGAGAAUCAGUAAUGAUGAUGGCUUGCCAAAGAAUUCCCCUUCCCAGGUGAUGCCACAGAUAAUUUCUGGAGUACUUCAUGUUGCAAACACUGGUAAUGUACAAGCAGUCUUAUGCAGAAAUGGAAAAGGCUUUUGCAUAACCAAAGAACACACUACGAGAAACAUAACUGAAAGAAGAAGAUUACUUAAGAAUGGAGCAAUAAUUAGUUCAAAUGAACCAUAUGGGCUCCUAGAAGGGCAAAUAAAAACCACACGAGGACUUGGAUUUCAUGGAAAUCUCAAACUGAAAAAAUCCAUUAUCCCAGCACCUCAAACUAUCUCUGUCCCUAUCGAUGACUUAUGCCAAUUCCUUAUCUUAGCUACUAACGGACUCUGGGAAGUUUUGGAUACAAAGGAAGUCACUGCACUGGCAAUGACAAUGUUUCAAGUAUAUAAAGACACCUACUAUUGUAUCACACAAAAUCAAUCUUUACCAUCCAAAGAGCCUUUCCUAAUCAAUGAACUAAGCAAUACUAAAUCAGAAAGUAAUAUCCAUAUAUUGUUUCAGUAUAAAUCUGAAUCUACAGAAUGUGUGCCAACUAUAAAUACAAAAGAAAAUUUGUUUGAUUCAAAAUAUUCUAACCCUAAAAAUGCAGAAACAUUUCCAUCAGAAAUGACUAAUCAUCAUCUAUACAGUGAGAAAGAAAGAAAUGGACCAACCAGUGUAGAUGUGUCAAAAAAUUCAAGUGAAAAAGAAUCAUGCAUUAAAAAUUUCUAUGAAGGUGCAGCCAAGUAUAUUAGCCAUGAACUUGUAAGUGCGGCUUUAGUGGCUGGAUCCAGAGACAACAUUACAGUCAUGGUAAUACUUCUCAAGGGAAGUGAGUAUCAGUUUCUGACAUAAAAAGAUAAAUUUCUGAUUAUCUAAGAGUACAAAAAUGUAAAGACAGUUCUUCAAAGAACCAGAUAUUAGGAUAAUACAUCAAUACCACACAAAUUUUAAAGAACAUAUUAAGGAAACUAUAAAAGCAUUAUUUUAGGUUACAUGAUACUAUUUAUAUAUAUAUGUUCACUGUUCCAUGCCAAGAAAGAGAAAAACCAGUACUUGCUUUUUAUACCACUUUAUUCCAACCUGAGCACCUCAAUAUAAAACUAAACACUGGUGAACUGUUUUCCUUACUAAUUCUGAAUUACGGUAAAUGUACAAGUUCUGCUAGCAGUUCAACACUUAAAUAGAUUAAAUCAUCUCUGACACAUGGUAGAUUUCAUAUAAUGAAAAUACCUAAAACAAUUAGUGCAAUAUACUGAACUGAUCAAAAUAAAAUGAACUCUGGAAAA